AUGUAUCCAUUUCUUAUAAAAAUUUUAAAUGUAAUUGCUUAUAUUUUUUUCUUGGGCACAAACCUUUAUUCAGGCCUUGGUCCUCAAACUGACAAAUCCCCGUAUCAUGAUGGCUAUCCUACCUACAUUACUCCAGCCUCUUUCACUUUUGGCAUUUGGGGUCUUAUUCAUUUCUUAUUAGGAUGCUUUGUCAUUUAUCAAUUUUUCACCCCUGCCGAUGAAGUCGUUGUCGAAGGUAUUCAUUGGCAUUUUAUUUCCAUCUCACUUUGGAAUACUGCGUGGCUUGCUCUUUGGGCCAAUGAUCUCCUUGUUCUUUCAUGGAUUGCCAUCGUCAUUACUGCUUCCCAAGUCACUCACAUUUCCUGGGUUCUCAAAAAGAAAUAUCCACCUCAUAGUACAGUCGAUAAACUUUUGAUCCACCUUCCAUUUUCUCUUUACCAUGCUUGGAUUGCUGUUGUCUUUGUUUUAAGCACAUUUGUCGCAUUCACUCCUGAAAAGUUACCAAACGAAGCUCCAAGUGUUUUAAUUCAAGUCUUGGUCUUUUUAGCUUUAUUAUUCCUUGGAAUGCAUGUCAUUUCUUAUGUUGAAACUCCCAGAAUUGAUAUUGCUGGUUCUCUUGUUAUUGCAUGGUCAUUAUUCGGUAUUGCUGCUGGCCAAGAAGAUCCCUUUAUUCAUUGGUCUGCUAUUGUUAUUGGUGCCCUUUCAACACUGUACAUCCUUAAACCUUUCGUCUUUAAAUACUUCCUCCAUCGACAAACAGGUGAAAAUGAAGCUUUGUUGCCAGAACAUAGGCGUUAA